AUGUCCUAUCCCAGCGCUCCCCCCCCUGGCUAUGAUGAUAGGAACCCCCUCCAUCCACCUCCACAUGGGGGAUAUGCUGGGGGGUAUCCUACCGGACACCCAGGGGCUUACCCACAGCCUCCACCCUAUGGUGGCGGGUAUCCACAGCCAGGAGGCUACCCACAACCAGUUCCUGCUAUGCCAACUUUUCCAAUGAGCUUUGGUGACAGCUAUGGCAGCGGUGGUACAGAAGGGACUGAGGCCUUCAGUUCAGGAGACUGGGAUAACAAGAAAGUUCGACAUGCUUUCAUCCGCAAGGUGUACAGCAUUAUCUCGGUGCAGCUGCUUGUGACGGUGGGCAUCAUUGCAAUUUUCACCUUUGUCACCCCUGUCAGCAGUUUUGUACGACGGAAUGUUGCUGUGUAUUAUGUGUCUUAUGCUGUAUUCCUGGUCACUUAUCUGGUGUUGGUGUGCUGUGAAGGCCCACGGAGGCGCUUUCCAUGGAACAUCAUUCUUCUGUCCGUCUUUACAUUGGCCAUGGGUUUCAUGACAGGCACCAUUUCUAGCAUGUACAGUACAAAGGCUGUUCUCCUUGCCAUGAUAAUCACAACGAUAGUCGCCAUGAUUGUCACUAUAUUCUGCUUCCAGACAAAGGUGGAUUUUACAUCCUGUGCUGGCUUGUUCUGUGUGUUGGGCAUCGUUGUCAUGGUGACUGGGAUUAUCACAGCGAUUGUCCUGUCCUUUAAAUACGUGUACUGGCUUCACAUGCUGUAUGCAGCUAUUGGUGCAAUUGUUUUCACCCUGUUUCUUGCAUAUGAUACCCAGUUGGUGUUGGGCAACAGAAAACAUACGAUCAGCCCCGAGGAAUAUGUCUAUGGAGCCCUCAAGAUAUACACGGACAUAGUCUACAUCUUUACCUUCCUUUUGCAGAUUAUAGGCAGCAGAGAUUAGGAAGCGGA